UAUUCCCUUUGUGGACAAUCAUAUUGCUUCUCCUGGAUCCAAGUGCAUGCCACCCACAUAACAUAACAUUUCGGAUUUCAUGCACAAAUGUUAUUUUGUUUUUUUGUUUUCUUCUCGUGUUGUACUUUUAUGUUUUGUAUUUAUCAUCACACAUUUUUAUUUUGAUUUUCGGCCAUUACAGAGUAAAAAAGAAGAAGAAAUUGUAGAGCAGCAGUAGGUCGUAGCUGUGAGUGAACAAGGUGAAAUUUCUCGACCUUUCUUCGUCAACGACAGAUGUUUUUUAUGACCUCUAUUUCUCUCAAACUUUGUGAUACAUUGUGGAACUUGAACUCUGUGUUUUGAAAUUUAAAAGUGGGGGUUUCGAUUGGCUAUCUUAAGCCAAGAACCGUAAUGAUCCAUGGUUAUCUUGGGGGACAAGUGAGAUUGUUUUAUUGCUUGUUUCUACUCAUUCUUUGAGAUAUAGACACUUCUUCCGAAAUAGGAUAGAGUAAGUUUGCAGAUGAUCUAGUUCCCCUGCUUUCUUGUUGUAUUAGUCUUUGAGUUGAAUUUUAGAAGAGAUGGAUGUAGGGCCUAGUACUUCAGAAAUUGUUGAAUCGACUGAUGAAAUCGAUGCUGAAUUGAAAACUGAAGAGCCUGGUAAGAUAUACUAUUUGCAAAAAUCAGGAAAUAAGUAUUCCAUUGAGGAUGACAUUAACUGUCUGUUUGAAACAAUCGAUGGUAGGACAUCAUCCAGGGUUUCUGGUUUCUCAAGGGAUGUUGGUAGAGAUGCUUUAUGGAAGCGUGCAAUGAAAAGACCAGUUAGAGUUGGUUCUUCUCACGCUUCGGGAAUUGGAAUUUCUGAACCCAUGAGUUUGAAGCAGGCAUUUAGAGGGUUGUCUAUCUCUCAGGCAUCCGAGAUGGCUGUUAUGAAGAAACGGUUAUCAAAACCAGCAGGUUCAUCAGGGAUCUCGGAAGCAGGAACUAUAAGAAGGUUGUACAGGGCUGUAGUAGUUGAAAAUAAUGGAUCAGGAGUUACCCUAAAUGAAGGUAAAGGGAAUUUAGUGGAAAUUCCACUUGUUCCUGAAAAGAGUACAUCCAAUUCUUUGGAAAAGAUGCCUGAAUCAUUGAAGCUUUCAAACAUUGAGAUUUUAAACCGAAAUUCCAGUCCUUCAGAUAAUGCAACAACAGAAAAGGCAACCACCGGAUUUCUGGUCCCAGAUCGGGCUGUUCCUUUGAGCAUGGAGUCUAAAAAUGAAGUGUCAGAAGCAGAACUUAAAAGACUAAAUUCUAUAGAUUCUUCUGCUGUUAAUCAUGCUGCUGAGGAAGCCAAGGAGAUUGGUUGUACCUCUCUCUCGAUUUGUGUUGAAUCUCCUCCUGUUUCUAAUGCUGCUUGUAAGGUGAAAUCUAUUUGUGAAAAUCCACGUCUAAUCAAGCCAUUCUUGAGGAACAAAAGCUUUAUAAGGAAGAAAGCAAAACAGGAAUCAACUACUACUGCCAGCAGUUCCAAUUCCUGUAAUGGUUGUUUCGGCAAUGAUCUCUGUCCUAGUACGACUUAUUCAGAUAGCCAAAUACAGAAGCCUUCAGGCAAUGAAAGAAAGGAAAACAUGAAAGUUUCACGAGUUUGCAGCAGUACAAGUUGCGGCACUGAAGUUAACUCAAGCAUGGUGGGUACAAGUUUCAAAUCGAUUUUGAGUUCAAACUGUAGUUACAAAUCCAAAGCAUUGUUGUUCGAAGCUGAUGACAGAUCAAGAUCAAGGGAAAAGGGAGAGUUUUCCCAGAGCUCGAAAAGUAGCAUUGGGGAGUAUAGUAGUAGCACAAUCACUAGUGAUGAAAGCAAUAUCAUUGGUUCUAGUCGGAUAGGUAGCAGACCUCACAUGUCAAAAGAUUUGAGGUGGGAAGCUAUUAGCUCCGUUUGGAAGCAGCAUGGACGCUUGAGUUUGAAUCACUUCAAGCUUCUCAAGAAGCUUGGUUGUGGGGAUAUUGGGACCGUUUAUCUUGCUGAGCUAAUCAGUACAAAUUGCUUAUUUGCUUUGAAAGUGAUGAACAAUGAAUUUUUGUUGAACCACAGGAAGAUUCCUAGGGCACAAACAGAAAAGGAGAUAAUGCAAAUGCUGGAUCAUCCUUUUCUCCCCACACUAUAUGCCUAUCUUGCGACAGAACAACUUUCUUGCUUGGUUAUGGAGUAUUGUCCCGGUGGAGAUUUGCAUGUGUUACGACAGAAGCAGCCUGGCAGGAGUUUCUCUGAACAAGCAGUAAGGUUUUAUGGUGCUGAAGUCCUCCUUGCAUUGGAGUACCUACACAUGUUUGGUGUUGUUUAUCGAGAUCUAAAACCAGAAAAUAUCUUGGUUAGAGAAGAUGGUCACAUCAUGCUUACGGAUUUUGACCUGUCAUUCAGAUGUGAUGCCAAUCCAGUGCUGCUUAAAUCUGCUUCACCCAUUGCUGAGCCUGCAGAGAAGAUGUCAAGUACAUGCUCCGAGUCCAGCUGUAUUGAGCCUUUCUGCCUAAAUCCAUCCUUUCAAGUUCCAUGCUUCACUCCUAGGCUUCUAUCACUUGCUUCCAAGUCAAGGAGGAUAAAAUCUGACCUAGCUACUCAGAUUAACUCCAUGCCACAGAUUGUAGUGGAGCCAACCAGUGCCCGGUCAAACUCAUUUGUUGGAACACAUGAAUACCUUGCUCCAGAAAUCAUCAAAGGUGAAGGUCAUGGGAACGCUGUUGAUUGGUGGACAUUCGGAAUCUUUCUGUUCGAGCUUUUGUACGGAAAAACGCCUUUCAGGGGUUCAGGAAACGAUGAAACACUAUCCAAUGUGGUUUCACAUAACCUUAGAUUUCCUGCCAGCCCUAUAGUUAGUUUUCAUGCAAGAGAUUUGAUAAGAGGGCUUUUAGUUAAGGAACCUGAGAACCGGUUAGGAUCAGUGAAAGGAGCAGCAGAGAUCAAACGGCAUCCUUUCUUUGGAGGCCUAAAUUGGGCUCUGAUACGAUGCACGGUACCACCCGAGAUGCCAAGGUUAUGCGAGACCAGCAUCUGUGUGCCAACGCCAGCUUUGCAGAGAAAUGACAGCUCCAAAGGUGGCGAAUUGCAGGUUACUGAAGACCAUAUGGAGUUUGAUAUGUUUUAGUUUUCUAGGACAAUGUGAGAAAAGGAACAUCUUUUUGGCUUCUGAGCUAUUUGAGUCUUCAAAAGUACAACAAUCAUCCAAUCUUGCGAGCAGCACUGUACUAGAAAUUGAAUGCUCUGCGAAAAAAAUUCACUACAGUAUUUACACAAAUUAUCUAUUUCAGGCUCUGCCAGUGUUUUUCUUUCUUUUUUCUUUUUUUUUACAAAUAUUUUUCCCAUUAUUGUCAAGACACAGGGAUACGACUAGAGAGUAUAGAUGACUGGAAAUA